AUGGAGGAAUUACCAUCAACGGGGAGGAAUACAUAUAAUAAUAACUUCGACAACAGCAUUCACACUCUUGGUGAUUGGUCAACCGCGUCAUUGAGAGGUCAUGCUGCUCCAAUUGCAGGAGCUGACUUAGGGUUAGACCCAUUCGCCGGCCCCUUCGCCAGUACUACUCCGCCUGGAAUCACAACUAAUGUCCCUGCACAUCAAACCGAAGGUGAUAUAUCUCAACCAGAGUAUCUGCCAGCAGAUACAAAUGCACCAGCAGUGUCUGGUGCUGCCCCUAGACUUCCUUUACGCAAGCGAAGAUGGUUUAUAAUCACUUCAAUCGUUGGUGCUUGUUUGGGCAUCGCGCUGCUUUUCAUAGUUCUGUUCCCCGUACUCCGCGCAAUCGUUCAGGAUGUAAUCAACCAAUCCACGCUGAAUAUCCAACAGGCGGCAAUAUUGUCUCCUUCAAAUACAUCCUUCACUUUAGCAAUGCUAGGCGUUGUAUCUCAUACUGGUAUUUUCUCCGCCACAGUAGCCUUCUCGCAGCCAGUAAACGUGAGCUGGAUGAAUGGCAGUGUUGAAGUGCCUCUCGGCUAUAUGUCGCUUUCGACUCUGCAUGCUUCCAAUAAACGGGCAACGAUCAACGAUACCACGACCUUCUACAUCACAGAUCAAAAUGCCUUCGGCCGUUUCACAAGCUCGAUGAUCACUUCACAAAAUUUCACUUGGAGAUUGCAGAGUUCCAAUCUGAAUGUCCAAGCAAUGAAGUUCCCUACCGCGCAUGGCAUUUCAUUCAAUAAGCUGGUGACUAUCAAUGGCACAAACAAUUUUGCCGGCAAUGUCAUUCUCGAGGACAUGCAAUUACCCAGUGACAAUCCUGGGGGAGGUAUCGAUUUUGUGGCGGUUACGCAGUUGAACAAUACAAGCCCUUUCACACUGGGGCUGGGAACAGUAGUUUUUGACCUCGUGUACCAAAACGUCUAUCUUGGUACUGGAACGGGAUUCAAUACGAACAUUGUCCCUGGUCCUAACAACAUCACGCUGAGCGGUAUUUUAGUACCCCAGACGACGCCUGCCAACCUUGCGGCGGUCUCGCAGCUUUUCACCAAUUACAUCAAUUUCGAAAGUUCGCCUGUAAUCGCAAUGGGCAAGUCAACACUGCAGCUGGAUGGUUCACAGAUAUCUUGGCUUAGCCAGGGUUUGGAAAGCCUUCAGCUGACAGUUCCCUUCAAGUCAACUACACCGAUCAACCCAAUUCGGUCUAUUCAGAUAGGGAGCAUGGCGCUUGCGUUCACCCCAGAGACGGCAUGGACCCCGCGAACGGAUAGUAACUCAGUUCGCGCGAGCAUGCAAUUGCCUUUCGGGUUUAAGUUGUCUAUCGAUCAGAUUCAGAAUGAAUUCACGAUCGUCAAAAACGGUUCAAAUGUAGCGGGUUUGAAUACGCCUCUGGGUGCAUCAACAUCCUCAAUCACUGUGCUGAGCCCGACAGACACUGAGGGCACCAUUAACAUAACCAUUUUAGAUAGUGUUUUGAACGCUACAGAUACAGAGCAUGGCAGUUUCUCCGCAUUCAACAUGGAACUCACGGAUUCUACCACGACCGAUUUCUUGCUGCUUGGCAAUUCUCGCGCGGUAGCGAACAUGAGCAUCGGUCAAAUUACUUUGGACCCUAUCAAGGUCAACGUGUCGACCAGUCUCAGUGGCCUGCAAGUGUCCAUCUAUAACCCAUCCAAUCUUGAUCUCGCUACUGGCGACCUACAGCUCCAGCUGCAACGUGGUGGUGCAAUCCUGGGAACGGCACUGAUGCCCAAUUUGACACUGAACAUGGGCAAUAAUUCGGUUCACUCCACAUCUGCUUUCGAUCCUAACAACUCACCCGAAGGAUUGAAAACACUUAGCCAGUUUGUUGGUGGUCAAGAUGUGGAGCUUAAUAUCGUAGGUUACAGUGGGAGCACACAGGUCGCUUCUCUUCUGCAGGCUUUUGAAAGUAUGAACAUCACCGCCACGCUUCCUGGCCUCAACUCCAGUCUUUUAUCGACGGGUUUUUUGGAGAUCCUUCCUACUACAUUUGUUACGAGCAACGUCAGUCAGGUCACUGUAGCGCUCGUCAAUCCUUUCACCGCUGGUUUUGACAUCACCAGUAUCUCAUCCAAUGUCACCUCGCAUGGCUUGUACCUCGGUUCCAUCAAUACUGCGACGAAUUUUAACUCGGCAGGAAAAUCGACCACGAAGUCUCCUGUUCUCGACAUGACCAUGAACUACGAUCCCCCGACACUCUUCACUCUGACUCGCGUGCUCGCUGUGCAGGCAGGUUUGGAUCCCACACAACUGGACGGCAUUGUAGCUCUUGGGGAUUAUCAGUAUGUAACUGCCACGACAACGGACUCCGAGCCGGUUCCUCAGCAGCAACGGAGAGACAACAUAUACACGGGAUUCAAUCUGCCUAAUUUUGUUGACAAAGCGUUCAAGCAGUUGAGGAGUGACAUACAGCUAUCUGCACAGCUUACAAUUGGGGACUAUGCAACGACACUCAGUUACACUCAGACUGAUGUCCCCAUUUCUACGGACAGCAGCCUGAACUUAAUCCUGCCCAUCUUAGCGAAACCUAUCGUCCAGAAGAUCGUCAGCGGCAGUGUCCUGGGUGUAGAAUCUGUUCUUAUCACUAAUCCUCAAGAAACAAUGUUUGGGACACAAUUGAAUGGAAGCAUUACGAACGCGGGGCCUUUUGACGCGACAAUCACGUUUAACAACGGACUCACUGUUUCGUGGGGCGGUCAGCCGAUUGGCGUGAUGAAGAUAGACCCCGUCAAUGUCGUUGGCGAUGUCGGAGCUACUCUCAAAGUGCAAACUACAUUCGAAGUUGCAAAUGCAGAUUAUUUGGCCAACUUUACCAAGGUCAUGCUAAAUAGUGAAUCAUUUGAAUGGGACAUUACUGGUGAUAACCUAACUGUCAGUGCUCUUGGUAUCGAAGUACCCGGCAUCUCUCUUCCUUCCAAAGCAGUCACCCUGAAGGGUUUCAACGGUCUUAAGAAUGGCGUGAUUAUCAAUUCCUUUGACCUCCCAUCCAACGACCCUGCUGGUGGAAUUCAUCUGACGAUUAAUUCAGAGGUUAUCAACCCUUCUCAAGUUGGCAUUGAACUCAGCUCCCUUGCGUUCAACACCUACUCCAACGGCAUCGAGAUAGCUCCAGUCUCUUCAACUUCGACUGUCACGCUAGCGCCGAAUUCCACCUCAUCGCUCGAGCUAGCUGGUCGACUCAUUCCGCAGAGCUCUUCAGAAGGACUUGCAACUAUUUCCGCUAUUUUCAACAACUAUAUUCACGGCAUGGACAGCCAGGUCACCGUUUAUGGCGCUGGUGCUGGCCCGAGCGAUGUCACUUGGCUGAAUGAAGGUAUACAAACCCUUCAGGUAGUGACGUCGUUGCCGAACAAGGGAAAACUUAACAUCAUCCAGUCGAUCAAUCUCGAACAGCUGUCUCUCAUGUUCACCGAGGCUACGGCAUACAACCCAAUGUCAGGCAGCAAUUUGACCACUGCUGCGUUCACUCUGCCUUUCGCUUUCCCAGUCGAUAUCACGGCACUUGCACAGAAUAUUACCACUGGAUAUAAUGGUCAAUCUUUUGCUGAGCUGGUUAUCCCACGGGGCCCCAGCACGACUGAUGUUCAGAAUCGUAUCAUUUACUUGACGUUUAGCGAUGUCCCGUUUGCUGUGUAUUCUGACCAGCAUGAGACUUUCCAGGAUUUCGUAGCUGCUACGACGCUAGGAGUUUCACAAAUGUUAGUGCUGUCGGGCGCUGCGAACGCCGAUGCAUCUACAGCUGUUGGUGUGUUGUCUCUAGUGGAUAUCGAAUUCUCUGUGCAAUCUACGAUCGCGGGAUUGCAGGGACUCAAGGCGAAACCUGCCUCCGUCGCCAAUCUGGACGUCAAACACGGAUAUUCAGAUUACUUGCUGAUUACAGUGGACACUUCACUUUUCAACCCGAGCAACCUAACAAUCGGUACUGGCGAUGUCUCGUUUGCAUUGCAGUUUGAAAACCAAGUCAUUGGUUCCGCCGAUUUGGUGACUAUUCAUGACUUUAUAGAUCCUCCGUUUCGACGUUUACCUUUCCAUCUGCAGAGCAAUAUGAUCAUCCAGCCUGGAAACGUAUCAUAUCCCACUGACGUCCAUUACUCCCCUCAAGGAGCUGCGCAAACAGCGGCAGGCCAAGCGAUGCUCGAGAACUACCUUCAGGGCGUCAUUUCGGAAACAACCAUUAUGGGAACGUCCAGUUCCACUUAUAUCGGCUCUUUGGAACCAGCUCUUGCGCAGAUCAAUUUGUCACCAGUGACUAUCCCAGCCUUGCACCAGAACCUCAUUGACAGUGCUUCGCUCGAAUUCCCAACUGACAUCGUUCAAAAUGGUGUGGCGUCGACGACUUUCACUUUAGCAAAUCCGUUCACGGCCAGCAUCAAUCUGCUUGAUGUCACCGCAAUCGCGACCUACCACAACCUGACUCUUGGCGCUAUCAAUCAUGUUGACAUGUCUGCAAACCCAAUCCAUGCUAAUGGACAUUCCAAUAUUACAUCGACUGUGCUUCCGUUCAACUUCAACCUCGACCCAUUGACCAUUAUUGGAUUGAUCACCACUUCCGCUCAAGAACACAAUGUCGACCUUGGUCCUCUGACGAGUUUAUUCCAGCUGGUUAUUGAUAACCCGAGCUUCCACCCACCUGUCAAUACGUCGGUGGAUACAAGCAACCCAAUUUGCGUUAGCGGAAACCAGUUCGACAUAAACGACGCCAUUUUAAACGCAUUGAAAGGUUUACAAGUCACACUUGCCGUGGAUUCUUCCUUGAAACUUGAUGAUUACGCAACAAAUCUUGCUUUCAAUCAAUACGGGGUUUCGGCUAUUACGGACAAGACAUCAUUGUAUCUGAUUGGUGCGGUGGGUGGUCCUAUUACCCAAGACCUCGUCAACGGCGCUACACUAGCUUUCAACCAAGCAAACAUCACGGACAUCACAAACGAGGGCUUCCAGCUCUCCCUGCAAGGGUCCUUGACCAACGUUGGCCCUCUAGAUGCUCUGAUCGAGUUUGUUGACCCAGUGAUGGUAACAUGGCAAGGCCAUAAUAUUGCGACAAUUGCACUGCCUCCAGUAUGUUCUACCGCGAAUACCGGGGUGCCGAAUUAUAAUACGCAAGGGCAGCUAGUAAUAAUUGACCAAGUCCAGUUUACCUUAUUUGCGACAUACUUGUUACACAAUCCAAGUUUUGAGUGGACAAUCUCUACUUCUUCCCUCAAGCUGACUGCUCUGGGAACAAUUUUCAAUGGAGUCUCGAUGUCAAAAACGGUCACCCUGAAAGCAUUCAAUGGUCUCCCAGGAGUCACGAUCAGUAACUUCCAACUCCCCUCCGAAGAUCCAGCUGGUGGAAUUACGAUAUCAACAGACUCGAUCAUUCCUUCCCCUGCUCAGCUUGGCAUCGACCUUGGAAACGUUGGAUUCCAAGCCUACUUCGAGAACACUCGCAUUGGACCACUUACCGCUACUGACCUCAUCCUCUCACCCGAGUCCUCAGUAACAUCCCACCUCAGUGGACAAAUGGUACCUCAAAGUGGCUCUGGUCUGAACACUAUUGGCAAAUUGUUCUCUGAGUACAUAGCUGCGGAUAAUAUUACGCUCAAUGUCCAAGGCGACACUGUUCAGCCUCCAGGUGCAAAUGAACAAGUAACAUGGCUUAGUACCGCCUUCAAGACUCUCACACUCGACGUCAUUUUGCCUGGAAAGAAGUUUGACAUUAUCCAAUCCAUCGCACUCUUGGAUUUGAGCUUGACAAUGCAGAGCCAGGACCAGGCAUUUUCUCCAUUAUCAGGUUCCGAUAACACUGUGGCACAAUACAAGAACCCCUUCGGUUUCUCAUUACAAGUAAUUCAGUCUACUGUCAACAUAAACCUCAACUAUGGAGGUACAGCUGCCGCUCAGCUGAACCUUCCUCAAUCCGACAACAUUGGUGGGGUGUCGACUGGGAAUCUCGCUGCCUUGCCGAUCAGUUUCCAUGACAUCCCAUUAACUUCCGUCGACAAUGGCGCCUUUGAAGCCAUGUUUGCUCAAGUGACGGACAAGAAUUCGGCAGACCUGGAAUUGAGCGGAACCGCUGAUGUGACCGCCAAGACUGCCAUUGGCAAUGUUCCUAUCUCAGGAAUUGCUUUCGACGUCGCUUCAAGCCUAGCUGGCAUGAAUUCCUUUGAUAGCAAGGCAACGAUAACCAACAUCUCGAUUUAUGGCAGUGGUGGGAAUGGUGGAAAUCAAUAUAUCAUCUCGCCCAUUACGUCUUCGAUUAACAACCCGUCCAACAUCUCGCUUGACACGGUUGAUAUCGCCCUACCAGUGUACUACCAAAAUGUCAUGAUCGGUCGAGCGGCAUUCAAUCUCUUCAACUUGGUUCCUGGAGAAAAUAUGAUCCCAGGAGAGUUCCAUUACGAGCCAGCAAACCCGAAUGAUACCGUAGCUGAGGCUUUCCUCAGUAGCUUCCUGCAAACCGGCAAUGGCCUUCCAAUUACUAUUCAAGGAGAUUCUGCGAGUACACCAUUUGCAUCACUCCAGCCGGCGCUCGAAGGCGUGACUUUGACAAGUAGUGUUACGGGCUUGAACGUCGCUCCGAUUAUCUCCCACUUAUACCCUGAAAUCACUCUAGCCACACUCGUGACCAAUGAAAUUAACCUUAGCUUCGACGUGACAAACCCUCUCGAUACUGAACUCGAGAUUUUAUUUGUGCAGGCUGAUGGUUUGGUCAAUGGAGAAAUUUAUGCGCAUUUAGACCAGACAUUCAGUUCAUUUGUAAUUCCUCCAAAGCAGACUGUCAACAGUGGAAAGUUUGGAAACGUUAAGCUAGUCAAGGGUGCCCUUGCGUCCCUACCCAUCAUUCCAUUGGGCUAUUUGGACAUCCAAAGUGUAGUAACAACGAGGGUGGGCAGCGGCGGAUACCAGAUUCCAUGGCUCCAUAUCAAUCAAAACCAUGUCACUGCCUCAUAUGAUCUCGGCGUCAGUCUCGCGGACCUUUCUUCAGCAGGCCAGUCAAUGACAGCGACAACGUUUCUUGGUGGUUCGACCGCAUUGAUUCCCUCACCAUCAGCCGUGACCAUGGGGCUUGGAUCAUCCACAUCAAGCUUUGGAAUUUUGGCAUCUGCAGUACCCUCCGGAUCCUACCCAUCUGCUCUUCCUCUACCAACUCUCAACACCACGAUCGGACCGCUGUAA